UUUAAGGGAUGUAAGCUCACAAAUUUAAAGACCAAACGCGCCAACAAGACCGCCGGCCUCAACACUAGACUUUUCUAACCCUGCAAGCGCACACUUGCGUUUCAAAAACUUCUUCGCACCUAAAAUCAGGUUUCCAGAAGUCAAAAAUCAUGCUGCCGCUCUACAAGGAGAAACAGAUAUCUCCCUCCGUUGUUUGCACUCUUUUGCAAAACUCGAGGAAGGCGAAGACUAUAGUUCUGGUGUUUGUGCUACUGUGGCUGCUGCUUGGUGUGUGGCUGUUGUACACGUCCUACUUGUCCAAGGGAAGUUUCAGACUGGAGGACCUGCACCCGUUCAAGCGCGGUAGAGAGGGUUCGGACCAAGAACAACACGAAGAGUCGGAGAUUCACCCUAUCCUAGCGCGGGCCUUGCACAUGAAAGAUGACGGACAUGGGCUCGAAGUUGGAGCGAACGUCGCGCACAGGUACACCGAAGGGCAAGGCGGUUCGACCCCCUGGUCUCUCUCGCCUCGUACGGAACUGUGCAAAGGUCAGGAUUUCGCUUUACUCGCGUUGGUAGAAACUUCUCCGCACCGUUUCCAACAGCGCGCGGUCAUCCGGCGGACUUGGGGACAGAGCAACGCGGGAAAAAGCGAAGAAGAGAACGUAAAAUGGCAGGUUGUGUUCGUCAUGGGUUCGGCGCCAGACGUCAUGACGGAGGAAAGACUUGUAGACGAAUCUUUGCAGUACAACGACAUUCUUCAAGGAAAGUUUGAAGACCACAGAGAAGAAGACAACCUGAAGGUAACUUUGGGUUUUAAGUGGGUGAACAGUACGUAUUCUAACGGCAGUUGUGUGCCUAGCUUUGUUCUCAAAACGGAUGACAACGUUCUUGUCAACAUGAAAGUCUUGGCACCCUGGGCACGAGACGCUCACGAAAUCUCGCAGCAUCUCUUCAUGGGUCACGUGCUUCGCGGCGGACGGCCGAGCAGGGACCAAUCAGAACCCAGAUACAUCUCAGAAGCAAAAUAUCCAAGGGACGACUUUCCGAACUUCGCACAAGGGCCAGCAUACAUGUUCUCAUUGGACGUCGUCAUCAGAAUGGUGAAGGCAUUUCGAGCCUUCGAACACAUGACGCCAUUUCCGUUCGAGGACGUGUACCUGGGACUUUUGGCGGAGUAUCUCCGGGUGGUUCCGAUUCACGACGACCGCUUCGUGGUCAUGAAGAAGCCGAAGAACACGUGCCUGUACCGGCGGAUGACGUUCAUCUAUGACGUCAGUCCACAGGAAAUGCUCAGUCUCUACCACAUCAUUGAGUCCGAUGACGUCGACUGCAGAGAAAUUUGAAACUAACCGAGCAACCGUUCUACGGACCGAUCGUGACUGUCAAUCAUAAUUAGUAGUUAACCAAUGAUAGCAUUACAGUUAGCGGUUCAACCAAUGAUAGCAUUAGAAUUGGCGGUUCAACCAAUGAUUGCAUUGCAUAAACGGUACCAAUGAUAGCAUUGCAAUUGUACGGUUUUACCACUGAUAACAUUCCAGUUAGAAGUUCAACCAAUGAUAUUGUAGUUAGCGGUUCAACCAAUGAUAGCAUUGCAAUUAUCAGUUCAACAUUAC